AUGUUACUCCGGAGCAGGAGUGAUGCAUCCGUGUGCCUUUCUCCGCACUCGCCUCGGAGCAAAGGGAGAGCGAGAUGUCCACUUCAGAGCACUGACCGGACAGGCUGCAGUCGAAAGCAGUUUACGUGCCAAAAAGUGAGCCACCCCACGGCCACUGCCCUCCUGCUCUGCCACUUACCCACUCCCCAGACCAGCCAGACUCUGACACCGGCUGGAGCUCUGGCUGCGGAAGAAAAUAAACCCAAGUGUCAGUCCCGGAAUGCCCGAAAGGAACAGCUGUCCUGCUUUGUACAGGCGUAUGGGAAUGUGUGUGUGGACGUGUGUGUGCGCAGGUUUUGUGACGUUAUGUGA